AUGGUUACCAUAUCAUCUACACCCAACAGCAGCUUUCAUCAGUUGCAUACUUUCAACUCUGAGAACAACAAUAAUCACCUCUAUCAUGCCACUUUCUCUCCAUAUUUGAAUGGCAAUGAAGGGACCAUUGUAGGAAGGCUUGGUGAACCAAGCCAAAAGAUCAAUCCCAUCGGCCAAAGAAAGUCCCCUCUUCAAAAGCUAGAAAAGAAAGAAGAGAAUGGAGAAAUUGGAGUAUUUGGGGCUGAAAGGUACUUCAAUGCAGGAGAAUCUGAGACCCCGAGAUCUGCCAGCACCAUAGCCACUUCAAAGUACCUGCACCAGAGAGAUGAGUCAAUAGCUCUAGCAACUAGAAAGCACACACAUCAGUAUGGAACUCCAAGUAUUCGCUCUGAAUCAACUAGCAAUAGCCAAACUGCUUUUCUGCAGAGUGGGAUGAGAAAUUCUUUGAGGAAUAAAAAAGACAAAGGUCAAGCCAAGAGCGUUCUAGCUGGUCUUGGCUUCAAAUGCUCUUGUUCUGGAAAAGAUUCUGUUGAUGCAGGUGAAGUCAGUUUUAGCAAACCUGCUACUUAUGGUGCAGUUCAUGGAAAAACAACAACAAGAAAGCUGGUGGAUAUUUCUGCUCUAGAUGCUAGCCAUUCAAUUAAAUUAAGUAAGCCUAAUGCAGAACUCUUGAAAAUCAAUAAUGUUUAUUUCCAAAAGGAAGAGAAUUUUGGGGUGGGAGUGAACGGCCAAAAGAACAAUUUGACAUUCUCACCCUUGAGUUCUGCCUCAGGAAACAAAAACCAUCCAGUCAAAAUGAGAGCUCAACAAGAGGAAGAAGAGAUCAAAGCAAGGAAAUCCUUGGAGGUGUUUGGCUCCCCAAUACUGAAAAAUAAGAUAAAGUCCUUGAGCUUUGAUAGAAGGGUGGCAAUGCCCUCACGAGAUGGUGCUCCAAGGAUGGAAGAAAUUGAUUCAAACUACAUUAAUGAUGCUGCUAGUGAUGCAAGUUCAGACUUGUUUGAGAUAGAAAGCAUCAAAAGCAAAACCAACCCCUUCCUUGCAAGGCAAACAUCAGAUGCUGCUUCCAGCUGUGUCAGCCCCACAAAUGGUUAUGCACCAAGUGAGGCAAGCAUAGAGUGGAGUGUGGCCACAGCCAGUGCUGCAGUCAUGUCAGACUGUGAAGAACAGAUGUCAGAAAUAACCAUAAGGAGUCCAAUAAGGACAACAUUGACUUCAUCAAAUGGAAAAACAAAAGCACCUAGAGAGGUUCAGAGAAGGCGCCCUAGCGUGCUGUUGGGUUGCAAGAGCCACAAAGCAGUUAGAGUUGCUGGUGAUGCUUGCAUAACAUAUGACCAUCCAAGCUCUACACCCAAAAUUCCUAACAGGACUAAUACCUCUCAGGUGGCAAGGUUUCCUUCUGAGAUAAAACUGGGAAAUUUUGGUGCAAAACCUGGACAACAACAUCAUGCUUAUGCCACAUCACCACUGCAGCAGGCUCACUCACCACAUGCCUCAAAACUACUAUACAUUUAG